UCGCUCUGUGUAGUGGGCGGCGCCUUCUCCCCUGAGAGGAUUAGAGCUCCCCGCCGGUCUCCGCUUGGGUUUUGUUCCGCGAUGGACUCGCUUCAGCGCCGCUUCCAGGCCUUUUUGGACCAGCCGGGCUGGCUGGGCGACUUCCUGGGCGGAAUGGAGGCCCGGACCGGCGUGCAGCGCUAUUACCUGGCCACAAGUGCGGUGGCCAUGCUGGGCCUCUACCUGAUGUUCGGCUACGGGGCCUCCCUCCUCUGCAACCUCAUCGGGUUCGUCUACCCGGCGUACGCCUCCAUCAAGGCCAUUGAGAGCUCGUCCAAGGAGGACGACACCACGUGGCUGACCUACUGGGUGGUCUACGGGCUCUUCAGCGUGGCCGAGUUCUUCUCCGACACCUUCCUCUACUGGUUCCCCUUCUACUACGUCGGGAAGAGCCUCUUCCUGGUCUGGUGCAUGGUCCCGGUCUCCUGGAACGGCUCGCAGGUGUUGUACCGGCACGUAGUCCGGCCCUGGUUCCUGCGGCACCACCAGGUGGUGGACAGCGUCCUCAACGACCUCGGGGGGAGGGCCGCCGCCGCCUCCAAGGAAGUCCUCCAGUCUCUGGUCAACGGCUGAACCCUUUGGCCACCAAACGACAAAAAGGGCGGAGAUUCCGGCCGUUUGUGCGUCCGUCCAUCCUUUCCAACGAAGCCAUCAAACGGACCGUACGGGCGACAGAAGACUAAGCUGCAGUUGUUAUUAUAGAUAGAUAUAUAUAUUUGUAUACAAACCCAGAAUUCCCAAAUAAAAAAGAUGCCGAAA